AUGGAGAACAGUACAACAAAUUCCACAUGUAUUUUCAAUAAUUCUGAAAACCUGACUUCCGUGAAUUCUGGAGGUGAUUCGAGCAGCAGAACUAAUUUUUAUGUCAUUGAUGCGUCGUUGAUGGAUAUUUUGAAUAAAAUCAUUUUGUGUGGAAUCAUGCCUCCGAUGUGCGUAUUUGGAGUCGUCGGUAAUAUCCUCGCUCUCGUCAUUUUGAUCCGCAACAAACCAAACAGAUCAACCACCAUUGCUCUCAUCGCCAUCGCCAUUGCUGACCUGGCAUUCAUAACAACAACAAUCGUUAACGUCGUCAGUCUUACGAUCAAAACCUUCUACCCAGAAAAAGCUAGGGAUAUUUCGAUGAAAUUAAUCAUUCCUUUCUCAGUAUAUCUCAGUCCACUUCCUGGCAGAAUCUCUAACUUGCUUGUGACUCUCAUUUCCUUGGAACGCCUGGUUGCUGUAACGAAACCUUUAAAAGUAAAACAAAUAUGUACAAAGAAGAUGAUGCUUGCUUUGUCGAUUGUCCUCCCCUUGUCUGUUGCCGUUCUCACCGGCCCUAAGCUGUGGUUGUAUGAAGUUAAAGAAUUAACCCUUCCUGACGGUAAUGUGACGAAAAUCAUUGGCCUCGGUUUCAUUGGUCGACAGAAGAAGCUCUUCGAAGUGUAUUAUAUUGUUUCUGAAACUCUAUUGCGAUUUGUACCUAUGGUUUUGAUCAUCUUGUCCAAUAUUAUCAUUAUAUUUGUUACUUGUAUACAUGCGAAGUGGAGAAGGCAGAAACAGGGCUACGCCGUGGGGAAACAGUCAUCUGGAGAUGAAAGGCAGAUAACAAAGACACUCCUUACAAUUACCUGUAUCUUUGUCGUCUGCUUGUUGCCGUCAACUGUCUCACGUUUAAUGAUUUUGUUUGACCCCACCAGUUCCUUCAACAAGUACAGUUCAAAUGUACACACCCUUUUGACUUUACUUGGACUCAUUACGGAAACCGUCAACUCAUCGAUCAACUUCGUUAUCUAUGUCACCAUGAACAGUGCAUAUCGUCGACAACUUUAUCUUCUAUGUGGAAAGAAAUACAAAAAGAAAACUUUUUCAAGUAACGUUUCCGGUUCCGCCAACACAUCCACCACCUCUGUCUGUAACGGACAGUACUCGACAUCAGAUCUGAUGGAUCUGUCCAUGGAAGUGAGCUCUGGGGGAGAUCAUAUGUGA